CCCACGCGAGCUCCGCCCUGCGUCUCUGGCGCGUCCCUCUGUGGAAAGACGGAUCUCUCCGAGGUUGUCGGUGUGUCGGCCGCAGCCUGCGGAGCCCAAGCCUCUUGGAGCGUCUUUGGGGUUGACACAGCAGAGGUUCCAGGCACACACAGCACUCCAGCCAGGAGGCUGCCAUGCCCCACAUUCCUGAGGAUGAGGAGCCCCCUGGAGAGCCACACGAAGCCCAGACCCAAGACUCUCCCUCUGCAGGACCACUUUGCAGCCCUCCCACAAUCAUCCUGACGGGGGAUACCAGUUCACCUGAAGGAGAAGCGGACAGAAACCUGAUCAACAGAGCUCCCAGCCCCCACCGAAGGCUUUCCCACAGACAAUUGAAGGCUUCCACAGCUUCGCUGACUUCUGUGGACCCCACGGGACAUGUCAUUGACCUGGUAAAUGACCAGCUGCCGGACAUCAGCAUCUCAGAGGAGGACAAGAAGAAAAACCUGGCGCUUCUGGAAGAAGCCAAGUCGGUGAGUGAGCGAUUCCUGACCCGCCGCGGGAGGAAAUCAAGGAGCAGCCCCGGAGACUCCCCGUCAGCUGUUUCCCCAAACCUCAGCCCUGGUGCUUCUCCUGCACCUUCCAGGAGCUGUUCGCUCACUAUCUCCACACCACCAGGUUUCGACACAUGCAGUGGCCCACAGCCCCCUUUGCCUGGAGGACCACCACAGCAAAAGGGGCAUGAGGCCGCCAUCUCCUCACCUCACCUCGGAGAGCCUAAUGUCUCCAAAGGGCUAGCUGACCGGAAGCAGAAUGACCAGAGGAAAGUGUCUCAAGGCAGACUGGCUCCUCGCUCUCCCACAGCAGAGAAAUCCAAAGAACUUACAGUAGAACAAAAAGAGAACUUUGAUCCCCUUCAGCAUCCAGAGGCCACACCCAUGGCUCAGGCUUCUGGAGCAAGCAUCAGUGGGAAAAUGGCCCUGAACAGCCCCCAGCCUGGCCCUGCUGAGAUGGAGCUCGGGAGGCAGCUCCUGAAGACAGCCAGGGAAGGCAGUCCUCUGCCCAGAGGCACAGCCCAAGCCUCAGGAGGAACUGGCUCUCCACUUCCCCAGGGACAAGGCUCUGCUGGAGAGCCUGUGGGGCACAAGGCUGGCUCCAAAGCUGAGCUACGGUCCCCUGUGUCCCGGCCUCCCUUGAUACGAGGAGUUUCCUGGGACAGCAGCCCUGAAGAACCUGGUCCCCUGCUGCAGAAGGUACUUGCCAAGCUGCCUCUGUCAGAGGAAGAGAAGCGGUUUCCAGGCAAAGCCAAGCCAGCCAAGCCACCUGGGCUCAAAGACUUCCAGAUACAAGUACAGCCAGUGCGCAUGCAGAAACUGACCAAGCUCCGGGAGGAACACAUCAUGAUGAGAAACCAGAACCUGGUGGGGUUCAAGCUUCCCGAACUGAGUGAAGCUGCAGAGCAGGACAAAGGGGUCUCUUCUGAACUCACCCCAGCAACAGAGGAAGAAGAGUCAAAGAGCGGUCUGGAUGUGAUGCCCAACAUUUCUGACAUAUUGCUGCGCAAACUGAGGGUUCACAAGUCACUCACCGGAAGUGCCCCUCCACUCACUGAAAAGGAAGUUGAGAAUGUGUUUGUACAACUGUCCUUGGCCUUCAGAAAUGACAGCUACACCUUGGAAUCUAGAAUUAACCAGGCUGAAAGGGAACGCAACCUGACAGAAGAGAACACUGAGAAGGAACUGGAAAACUUCAAAGCUUCUAUUACGUCCUCAGCAUCCAUCUGGUACAACUGUGAACACCGAGAGACCUAUCAGAAGCUUCUGGAAGACAUCACGGUCUUGCAUCGUCUGGCUGCCCGCCUCUCCAGCCGGGCUGAAGUAGUGGGGGCUGUGCGCCAGGAAAAGCGAAUGUCAAAGGCAACGGAAGUGAUGAUGCAGUAUGUGGAGAAUCUGAAGAGAACGUAUGAGAAAGACCAUGCUGAGCUCAUGGAAUUUAAGAAACUCGCAAAUCAGAAUUCAAGCCGCAGCUGUGGUCCCUCUGAGGAUGGGGUCCCCCGCACAGCGCGAUCUAUGUCCCUCACGAUGGGUAAGAACAUGCCACGCCGGAGGGUCAGUGUUGCUGUGGUUCCCAAGUUUAAUGCCCUGAACCUCCCUGGCCAAGCUCCCAGCUCAUCACCCAUCCCCUCCCUACCAGCUCUGUCCGAAUCGCCCAACGGAAAAGGCAACACAUCUGUCCCCCCAGUACUGCCUGCACUUUUGGAAAAUGGAAAGACAAAUGCAGAGGCUGACUGUGAAGCUUGUGUCCCCGUGCCACUCCCAAGCUGCCUGGAGGACAUGAGCCAGGAGACCAAGGCCAGGGCAGAGGAAGAAGCCUACAACAAAGGAUACCAGGAAGGGGUAAAGAAGACUGAAGAACUUCAAGACCUCAAGGAGGAGGAGGAAGAACAGAAGAUGGAGAGUCCCGAGGAACCAGCGGAAGUAGAAGAAACUGAGGAAGAAGAGAAGGAUCAGAGAAGCAGCAAACUUGAAGAACUGGUCCGCUUCCUACAAAUCAUGUAUCCCAAAUUGUGUCAACACUGGCAGGUGAUCUGGAUGAUGACCGCAGUAAUGCUGGUCUUGAGUGUUGUGCUUGGGCUCUACAGCUCCUAUAACUCCUGUACAGAGCAGGCCGAUGGGCCCCCUGGGAGGUCCACCUGCUCUGCAGCCCAGCGGGACUCCUGGUGGAGCUCAGGACUCCAGCAAGAGCAGCCAGCAGAGCAGUAG